AUGUCAAUUGUAAGACAUCAACCUUUAUUGGGUCAAAUAUUCGCACGCCUUUCGUUCCAUAUACGGAAACUUCUUUACGUAACUAGUCUUGUAGCUACUCACAGUCCAUUAUUAGUAUUAAAAAAUAAAUUAAUCGAAAAUUUAACGUUACCUACUUGUUGGGAAAAAAAUGAUUCUUUUAGAUAUAUCGACAUUAUUGAUGAUAAAUUAGGCCUCUUAUAUAGCGGACCAGGAAAUGAAUCUGAUGCUGCAGCAUCUCGAGCAAAUAAUCCUAUACCUUCAGAUAUUGGAAUAUAUUAUUAUGAGAUCGAAAUAAUAGAUGAAGGCGAAAAAAAAAAUAUAGGAAUAGGUUUUUCUGAACCAAAUGCAUCGUUGAACAGACUACCAGGAUGGGAUUGGAAUUCAUAUGGAUAUCAUGGAGAUGAUGGAAAUAGAUUUUGGUGUGGAAGAGGAAUAAGAUAUGGUCCCCUUUUUUCUAAAGGAGAUGUAGUCGGAUGUGGAAUAAAUUAUUUAAAUCAAUCAGCAUUUUAUACAAUAAAUGGAAUUCAUUUAGGAACUGCUUUUAUGAGCCUUAAAGGUGAAUAUUAUCCCAUGGUCGGUAUGAGGUCUAUAGAUGAAAGAAUUUUAGUUAAUUUUGGUAGUAAGCCAUUUUUAUUUGAUAUAAAUAACUACUCAAAGGCCAUAUUUAGUGAAUAUCUAAAACGAUGGGAGGAAAGGAAGAAAGAACCCGAUGAUGAUGGAGUAAAUGUUAAUAUUAUUAAUAAUAUACUUCCUGAUGUUCCUAUAUUAGAUGAUGAUUUUUAUGACGAAGUUGAUCUUGCAUCACUGUUCUUUCCUUAA